AUGAAGAAGGAAAAGGGUCCCUCGCUAUCAUUCGCUUAUCAAAGUGUGCUCGUGGCCUGCGUGGCGUUCGGAGUGUAUUCGAACGCGCUCACAGCUGAUUUUGUCUAUGAUGACAGGUAUUGUUCAGUUCUCUUUUUGUGUACUUUAACCUUCUUUUCCUUAUCGUCCACCCAUUUUGAUCCCAAGCAAACACCUGCAAUAGGUCAUUAUAAUCUUAAUACCAUCAUCAUCGGUGUUUAUGUAUUAUUCAACACUUUCCCCUUUGUUUGCCCACAACACUAGUACUCCCUGCUCUCUAAUUAACGGAUUAUGAGCAAGAAGGCUAAUCCUCUUUCUCUCAUUUCUUAUCUUUAUUUUUCGCCCCGAUGCUCACUCGACUGAUCAUAAUUUGGCGUGACACUCUUUAGAAAUUCCGAAAUGUAGCAAGUACGGAAUACAUUAGAAACGUACUAAGAAUUCGCUAGUGUGUAUAUUUACCAUUUUCAAAGGUGCUCAGAAGUGGCCAAAAACAAUAGAGAGAUGGGCGACGCGUUUGCGGGCGGACAGCUCAGGUUUCAAGAAACUUUUCGAGCAAUUAGUUAGUCACGGGCAUUUCGCAAAAGAAAUAUUUAUAGUUGCAAAGUGUCCGGUUCUAAGUCUCCGGUCCUAACAGCCGAAAGUCACGUUUCGCAACUGAUUUCCUUAGCUUCGACAAGUCGUGGUUGCAAAAUGUCCGGUGCUAACCCACAAAGUACGUUUUCGGACCAACAUGUUGUUCCCGAAGACCACCAGGAAAUUGAGUUGAAGACGGGGCUUCCGAUGAAGACGAAAUUUCUUCGCCAUGAAGAACAUGUCAAUCAAAUAGCGCUGGAAUACAUCAAUAUUUGAAUACGUUCAUCAUCAUCCCUCUCCUAUUCCAUCUCUUCCCUCUCCAAAAAAACGAUGUCGUAAAGGGGCCAGGCGAUCUAAUAUUUAUGUGGUUUAUGGGCCGGAACCUGGGUGUGUUGGCACAAAGUCGUGACAGCAAUUUUCUGUCCUCGUUUUUAUUACCAACCUCGAGAGCGCACUAACAAAAGGCUGUCAACAAGGAGCUUGUUGAGCAAGAAGGGGAAGAGAUAUAUGGAAAUUCAUUCGGCUGAGGGAAUGGAUAAUAGUGGGGGCGAAGGGAAACAAUUACAAGUUCAAUUGCACUUUCGAAUAGUUUCGGAGUGCAACUUUGGAACUGAAAAGUAGAGUUUGAACAGCUUCUGGGCUUUUCGAGCUUUCAACCUUUGACUAAUUCAAAACUGUAUUAGAAUAGCACCCGAGUACUGCCCAAUAUAUAUCUCAACUGCCUGAACAGAUAUUAAAACGUUUUCAACUAAUAAGUUGCUCACUAACACGACGUUUUGUAAAUUUUUUUAGUUGACAGCUUUGUGAUAUCUUUACCAGCAGCUGAGGUACACACGGUAUUGGGGUGCACUUCUAUUACAGUAAACCGAUCGGUCUGGAACUUGAGCCAAAAGUUCGAGCCAUGGAAAUUCAACGUUUUCCAGACCCGCCAUCCUCACCAACGACGACGUCAUCUCCGCUUCCGCCUCCUCGUGGCGCUCGCUCCUUCUCACCAACGACUUUUGGGGAAAUCCGAUCGGUUUGGAAGGAUCCCAUAAAAGCUAUCGUCCAUUGAUCACCGCCUCGUUUCGCGUUCAAGCCGCCGCGCACGGAUUCCACGCCGUUUGGUGAGUGGCUUAUCCAGUCGUGAAGAAGAGGAGCGAAAGGGGGAGAAGAAGAGAAGGAAAUAGUGGUUAAUUAGGUAAAAAGAGGAUGGGAAAUGAGCGGGAAAUUGGGGUGUUUAGGGAAAGGCGGGAGAGUGGCUUCCUUAGCGGGAAAAUAGAAAGGACUACGGUAGUUUAGAAACAAGGCAGGUACGCAGUUAUUAUCCGGCCCCGAAAUUUUGUGAUUCUGGGUCGAAAAGCCCGUGCUUUUCAAGUGAUUCAACAGUCUAGGCGCUGCCCGGUUCCCGACAGCUGUUUGAAAAAGGAAUUUGAAUUCCGCGGAACUCCUAAUUUACAACCUUUACCCUCCAGACUCGGACGUUGAUUUCGCGAAUUUCCAAUCUCGGAUCCUAAUUGAAUUCCCCCGCUUGCACAUUUUCCCACACAAGUUGAUUUCAUAACGCGAUUAAAGUGCUUUCCUCCCCGCCCAACUCUGCCCACUUAAAUUGCUUUUCUCUCCUUCUUCUUCUUCUUCUUGCCGUGUACAUGUUGGGCCGUAAUAGGAUUUCACAGCCGAGGGGAGUCAUGGCUCCAUCUUCCUUCUGGCUCACACACCGAUGCGUAUCGGAUUUCUGAGAAAGCUCACCCACAUGAUGCUCUUCCGCUUCAAGAAGAGCUCAAGGGGAUCCUCCGUAUGCCGAAGAAGAUGUUGCGAGAGGGAGAAAGAGAUAAUAAUGAUGUUGACGUUACUUAACAUUUGGUAAUUGUAUACAUAGACACAACAUUCGAGGCGUCACAUGGAGCCCCCUUUUAGUGAGUAUCUCUCUCUUAGUGUCAUCCGACGAAAUCUGUCUCCGUGUAUGCAUAAAGAGACGGGUUUCGAGUGAGAAGGAAGAUGGAAUUAUGAUGAGUACGCGUAUGUAGAUAACAUUCGGAGCACACGAGCCAAAGCUCUUUAGGGCACUCUGGGGAAUUGAAUACGAAUCGAAAUUGGCCUGUAUUCUGAAUUCAUUUCAGGUUCCACGGGGUCAAUGUGCUCUGCCACGUCAUCAACUCGAUUCUGGUGCUGAAGCUGGCGAAGCAGUUGAGAAUACUUGAGGAUGGUAAGAAAACAUAGACGACAAAGUAAUAGGAUAUCGGGGAGGGACAGUUGCUUAUCGCGUUAGAACCGCUCAAUUAGGAACAAGUAAUACGACGCCGCGGGCAUCUGUCAUAACGUUUAUACGGAAAAGGUUUUUGAAUUGAGAUGAGCCGUUUAGGGAAUUUGCAUGAAAGACUGUUUUCAUUAAAAAAUAACACAUUCGAGUUUAUACAGAAGAGAUGAAAAUCGUCAGAUCGGUCUGAAAAGUUUUGGGUGAAAUUGUAAUUGACAACUGUGUUAUUAAGUCAUGCUGAAUGUUUCCAGGAUGUUCCUUGUUCGCCGCCCUCCUCUUCUCGUGCCAUCCUAUCACUUCCGAAGCCGUUUGCUCCAUUGUCGGUCGUGCGGAUCUGCUCGCCACCACCUUCAUCCUCAUGGCCACAAUAUCUCACCUCCAGCACCCGAGCGCUCGCGUUUCUGUGGCUCUUUCCAUCCUCGCAGUGCUCUCCAAAGAGACCGGAAUCAUCCUUUUACCGCUCAUUUCCGCCUACGAGCUAUUAUUCAAGGUGAGAAGAGCCAUUCGAUUCCUUUCGUUACGUUUCUCAUUUCUCGAGAUGAACGGGAGGAGAAAUGAGACCCAUUAAUAAACGGAAAGAUGGCCUGCGGGGGGAAGAAGGGCCCGCCCGUGGCACAUUCGCGCAUUCACAACAAAUGAGGCGUCCUUAAAGGUCUUGUUGGGCAGGCGGCAUUGUCUACAGUAACCUUGAAGGCGGGAAGAAAUGAUGGACAAUCAUUGGAAGUGGCGUGAACACGCCAGAACAAUACUCUUCGGGCCAAUUCAUCAACUAUUCCGGUUUCUUUCUUUUCAGGGAACCCAGCGAAAACACGACAUUGUUCGGAGGGAUCUUACCAGAUAUUCGAUUGCUUUCGGAUUGAUUUGCUAUCUCCGGAUGGCUAUUAACAACUUCCAAUCGCCCACAUUCUCCAAAAACGAUAAUCCAAUCGCUCAUGAUCCAAGCUGGACUACUCGCACUUCGACGUUUCUCUACCUUCCGAUCUUCCACCUCUGGCUCAUGAUCUUCCCGAAAACGCUUUCCUUCGACUGGUCCAUGGAUGCCAUUCCAAAAGUUGAGAGUAUUCUGGACUCUCGUCUUUUCGGAGCUCUGAUUGUCUACGGAACAGCACUGGGACUCGUCUGGAACCUGAAGAAAAAGAGCAAAAAGUCCGAAGAAUCAAAGUCGCUGCUCUUUGUGCUCACUCUCCUCGCGGCUCCACACCUGAUAUCAUCCAAUCUGCUAACUUACGUCGGCUUCGUGGCCGCCGAACGGAUAUUGUACCUGCCGGCGGUGGGCUACUGUAUUCUCGUGACGUUUGGAGUACAGUUGAUCAACAAGAGGUACUUAAAAUGCAAAGAGAUAGAUCUUCACUGACCGUUUUUCUCUUCCAGAUUAUUAUUCCCAAACUCAAGCGUCAACUUCCUUCUCCUCAUUCUACUCGCUCUUCACGCGCAGCGAACGAUGAAUCGUGUCGAGGACUGGCAAUCCGAAGAGUCGCUAUUCAAGAGUGCACUUUCUGUAAAUCCCACAAAAGCUCACAUGAACUUGGGAUUCGUGUAUACGACGCAGAAGAAGUACGACUUGGCCAGACAUCACUAUCUUCAAGCUCUCCGCAGAAAGGGAAACCUGGCAGAUGCCUGGUAUAACUUGUAAGUGUUUCUCGCGUCUCGACGAUGAUUAUUGAAAAUUUUAAAACAAUUCCAGGGGAAUUCUGACGAGCAAGUCCAAGAACGGAAUCCAGGAAGCCAUGCGAUGCUACCAUCAGGCACUCAUGAGCAGAUCGAACUUUGCGGCCGCCCAUCUGAACCUCGCCCUCCUCUACCAUGACUCUGGAAAUCAACAAAAGGCUUUCGAACAUCUGGAUCAAUGUUUGACAGUUUCUGGUGAAAAUCUCAAGUCCUACCGUAGUCACAUCAAAAUGAAAGCAACGUGCGCGUUCAACAAAGGACGUUUGCUGCAGAAGGCUGAAAAGUAUCCACAAGCCAUCAGAGCAUUGAAACUGGCUCUAGAGCUCGGAGGUCCGCACUUUGAGCACGCGACAAGUGUUCUCAAUUCAAUCGGAACCUGCUACAGCCAAAUCGGAGACGAGCUGGCAGCCGAGCACUAUUUCGAGAAGGCGAUUCAGGAAAAUCAUGUAAACUCGUACCUGACUAUGGCACAUCUGAAGAUUCGGCAGAACAAGAGCGUUGAAGUCGAGAAGCUGUUCGACCGAGUGAUGAUACUGGCUCCAGAUUCGAUUACAGUACUGCAGAACAUUGCUCUCGCCGAGUUCCACAUGAGAAACUACAAUCGAUCGAUGCUCUUCUACCAGAGGGCCCUCGCCGUCGAGCCCGCCCACGUGGAAUCGCUACGAGGAAUGGCCAACUUGCUUCAGGAGACUCAUCAUCAUCUGGAGGCGGAGAAAUUCUAUCGGAAAGUUGUGGAUCUUCAGCCAGAAUCCUACGAAUCUCAUGCAAAUCUCGGAGCCAUCCUUCAUCUGAAUCAAAAGUACGAAGCGGCUCUGAAGGCGUACGACAGUGCUCUGGAGAUCAAUCCGAACGAUGGAAUCACCCGAGAAAACCGAGAGAAGCUGAUAAGAAUUCUGAAAAGGAGAAGGAACCUGUAGAAGGAUAAUUUGCAUGUAUAUAUUUACUUUCCGGUUAUUUCUAAUAUUUACGGGUUAUUGUUUUCAUUACGAAGUAUUUGAAUUUCAAUAGAAUUGAGCGUGGUGGCAUCGGAAAUAAUCGCGUGUUGAUAGCAUCUCCGGGGCCGGCGAUGUAGACGGAACAGUCAGGGAAGGCAAAGAACAACUUCAGUUUGUUGAUUUUUCCUCGGAAAACGCUCCACUUUAAGGUAGGCCUCUGGGCGCCCGUCCCGCUGACCGUGAUGCUGUUUCAGUACGGGCACAAUUAA